CUUUUCCUUUGUCAGCCCGCCUUGCGUUUUAUUGUGUCACGGGUUCGCGCGCAGAUGGCAAAAAUAAACGACGACGGUGUUUUCCCAAGUGAAAGUCUGCUACUGUUAAACAACCGGCGAAAUUGAAAACUUCACUUUGUUAUUAUUAUUAUCGCGUUGAGAACUGCAAAUAUGCAUAUGCGAGUGCUCAAUUAGAGGCGAUACUAAUUUGCGUGCUUAGUGAAAAUCGAUAUGGCGCAGCCUUUGGCUUUUGGCACAUGCGAUUUGCAGCCACCUUUGGUUUGUCUAUUUUCGGGAAAUCGACGGAUUAAUGGGUUAUUCUGUGGUUGGCUGCUGUUGAUAGAAACCAUCUAUGAAUAAAUACAUAAGAUCGUCUUAUAAACAUUGCAUAUUGAGCAGGUUAAAAUGUUUACCACAAUUUACGGUACAAAAACAGGGAAAUAAUUUCAUAUGUAGCCUGAUUCUCCGCGCACAAGAUCCCAUUGAAUCCCCCUGGAAUCCCCUGAUAAGCUGAGAAACGAACGCACAAUGAACUUCACCCCGUUUGGCAACACCUUUCCCGGCAACAUUCCCGGCCUGCCGCAAUUCACGACGAGCACAGCUCCGCUGGUUUCCACCGUGACUGCCGCCGUCACGGAUGUGACUGUGACGGGCACCAAUAAUCCGCAGCAGCAACAGCAGCAGGAUGCAGCCGGCGGCAGCAAUCGCUACCAGCAGCAGCAGCAACAGGUAACGCAUUUUGGCCAGGCCACAAUGACGGCGGGCCAGGGCAGCAGUGGCAACAAGUUCCGUGGCGGCCAGGAGGAUGCGCUCCAGGGCGACAAGUACAAUGGCCACUUGGUGGCUUCCUCCCAGCAACAGCAGCAGCAGCAACAGCAGCAGACGCAAUAUGCAACUGUUGCGUAUGCAAGUGCAACAGCGACGAGUGCUGCAGCGGAUGCCCUUCAGGCGGGAACUUCCGGCCAGCAGCAGCAGCAGAUGCAGCAGCAGCAGGUCACCGCCCCGCAGGAACUCACCCAGGAUCUGUGCAACGCCAUCCUCCAGCAGCAAGUACUCCAGAAUACCUCGUGGCAAACUCUGACGCCGGGAACGACAGUGGCCGACUACCUCUCGCAUCUUCCAGCCAACACGUUGCCCCUGUCGCUGCAUCACUUUCUCAAGUAUUCCGCGGAGACGAUAAAGAAGGAGAACCAACAGAAUGUGGUGCUGCAGGUGCAGACGGGACCAGCCAUUGGGAUCAACACCCUGGGCACGACAACCAUUAGUAUACCUCAGCAGGAGCAGCUGACGCUGCAGCCGCAGCAGCAGGCGACGUUGCAGGUGCAGACGCAGGCGGCGGUCACGGCGACGGCGACGACGGCGACAGCGACGACGGCCGGCGGAUCCGGCGGCACUUCCGGCAAGAAGAAGAAGCGCAAAAAGCGGAACAAGGACCGGAAAACGAAGUUGCGACCCGGUGAGAUUCGUUUGGGCACCGCACUCGACGGCAGUCCGCUGUACAUGUGUCCCGAAUGCCAUGUGGCGUAUCCGGAGCCGGAGCUGCUCGAAGUGCAUCUGGUGGGCCACAACCUGGAGAAGCGCUACGUGUGCGACAUCUGCCAGGCGUCGCUGAAGCGCAAGGAUCACCUCACCCGCCACAAACAGUCGCACAAUCCGGAACGACCCUACAUCUGCACCGUGUGCCUGAAGGCCUUCAAGCGGAAGGAGCAACUGAGUCUGCACUUUGUCAUCCAUUCCGGCGAGAAGCGCCACCAGUGCGGCGAGUGCGGCAAGGGCUUCUACCGCAAGGAUCAUCUGCGCAAACACACCCGCUCCCACAUCGCUCGCCGCGUCAAGGCCGAGCUGAACAGCCAUGUGCGGCGCGAGAAUGGCACCAGUAUGCUGCAACCUGUCGUCACGGAGGCAACGACGGCGGCCCUGCAACAUGCCAAUCAGCUGGCCAGCGCACAGCAGCAGUUGCAGCAGCAACAGCAGCAGCAGCAGCAGCAACAACAGCAGCAGCAGCAACAUCACAUUGUGAUCACGCAGCAGCAACCGACAACGCAGCAACAGCAGCAACAGACUUCGCAGCAGCAGCAGCAGCAACAGCAGCAAAUGAUAAAUUAGCCAAAUGAUUUUUGUAAAGUCAGUUAAAGCGAAAUUCAAUUUAGUCUCAUCUGAGUCUGAGUCCCCAAGGACUCGGCUGCUCAAAAACAACAAAUAACUCUCUCGGUCCACACAAUUUAAUUGACUCUCACAAAUCGGAUAAUACAAACAGCAGGAUGUUAGCUAAUGUCUUCGAGGAUUCUCCUUAGGGAAUACUCAACAUUGUACAAUUUUAAUCGUAAGUUCGCGAUGGAAAUUUGAUGAUGGGAACCUUCCACAAACACAAACGAAAGUGCAGUCACUGGUAAAGAACUACAUUCGAUUAAGAUCUUUUCAAAUUUAGCUUAAUUAAAUCUGAAUUCCAAUAGAUUUCGGUUUAUUUAUUUAUUUUAGUUACAAAAGUGAUUUAUUUGAAUCUUUUUGCAAUCGUUUCAAGAGAUCUCAAAUGUGUAAACCACACACAAGCCAAUUUUUAAUCUAUUAUAAGUAAUUGUAUAGCACGAUUUCCUUUGAACAAGCAUUGCAUUUGCAUUCCAAUAGUUGAAUAUGAUCCCAGUGAGGUUGUCCCACGCCUUUGUCCGCCCCGAAACACUCCAUACUUUAAUUUAAGACAAAUGUGCAAAGGAAUAAUAAUUUUAUACGCAAUGUAUUUUAGUGAAAUGUAUUUUUCUACAAUUAGAAUCAAUGUUGUGUAUGGUAUGUAUGUCGUCCAUAUGUACAUACACCUGUACGAAUACUUGAACACUGUUCACUGGCAGCGAACUAUAUAUAUAUAUUUAUAUACUAUGUAAACAAAUGCAAUUUAGAUUUACACAUAAUUGUAGGAACAAAUCUAAAAUUGUGAAUGUACGUAUAACUUUUUGCUACACCGAUAAAUCAAACACAAAAAUCCUUGUAAAUAAGCAGUAAAUUAUAUAAUUUGAUCUAAACCGAAUUAAGACUAUAUUUCAUUCUUUCAGAUAAAAAGCAACAAGGUUCAUUUACUUGGGGUUAUUUAUUUGCUUUAUUUAGAGUAAAUUACGAUUAUUAUGCACCAUUUAUUGUAGUCAAUUAAAUAAUUAAUUAGCGUUAUCCGUAUUAUUAUCUGUAUUCUGUAUAUGUCCAUGUGUUAGUUUAAUAUCCUUUAUUUAUGUACGAGCAGUUUUGAUUCACCGUCCAUUUCGUGCGUACCUUUCUAA